GUCUGAAUCAGAGCUGCCGAGGAGGAAACACAGGAGAAGGACCUCACCUCUUUAUCUCUCUGGUGUUACAGAAGUUUCCGAUGACAUGUGUGGCAGUGGGAACUACACAGCAGAGAUGAGUCUGACCUCAGAGAGAGGUGUAGAGCCUGGUGAUGCUGUUCCUGCCAUUGGGAACAUCAGAGUGGUUAUCAACCUGAAGACAAACAACAGUCGGAUAAAUCUUGAGGUCACCUCCUGUUGCCUGUCCCCAACGAUCCAGCCUGACCUUACCAACUCCACCUGCUGCCUUUUCUCCAGGUUAGCAGCAGAGCCAGCGGGGAUCACGCUGCUGCCCAGUGCCCUGUCAACCAGUGCCAGCUUCACCAUCAGUCUUUUUCAAAUGAUUAAUUACUCAGUAGCGUACCUACACUGCGAUCUCAGUGUCUGCCUGAGAAACCACUCCGACUGUGAAAGGCAAUGUCUUCAGCGGAGGAGAGCAUUUCCCUCAGAGGGCCCAGAUGCUGUUGUCUCCAAUCUCAGGAAUCGCAUAUCCUUUGGCCCCAUGGUAAAGGAGGAAGUGAAAAAUUCUACCUCCCCGGAGGAGAUAGACCCAACAGAGCUGGACCUGGUGCUGGUCAUUGUAAGCCUGGUCGUCGGCUCCUCUCUGGUCACAGUGAUGUUGCUGCUGGUGUGGCUGGCCUACCGUCGCCGGGCAUUCUGGCUGCUCCACUCGGCGGCUCCACCGCGAGCCUGCUGCGGCUGUCUGCGCCUGGGAGGUGACUUGAUCCUUCCGUGACCGAGGAGGGACCACCGCCAAUUACACUGAUCACAUCCCCACCAAAAUAGCUGCCGACAAUUACAUUAGUCAACAGACGGAGGAGCAGUCAAUCACAUUAACUGUAGAGCAGAGGCGGCCGGUCAUAUCAGCCGGUAUAGGCCAGACUAGACGAUGAAGCGCAAUCCAAUUCACACCUCCUCUCAUAGGUGACACAGCUGUUGCAGUCAAAUUUCACACUUAGCCAUGAGCAGUCUAUUAUCAUUCACUGCAAAUAAACACCAUAUCCAAAUAGAAAAAGCUGCUCUGAUCCCUUUGUUUUCCCUCAGUGGCAACAAAUCAAUACUCUUUCUAUCGUUCUUUGGGAUUGAUAGCUCGUUAAUAUACUCGUUUAGAAUAAUAUAUGCAUUCAUGGCUUGACAUUUGUAUUGAGCCCCUGUGAUAGACAGUUUAGGAACAAUGUAUCUCAUUGGGUGAAGAGAAAUUCAAGCGUAUUUAUUGGUGAAAGAAAACAUAAAGAACCCUCCGCGAUGUUGGUUUUCCUCCUUUGAAAAUGUCCAAUCAAAAUGACUUAUCAUGAAGUUUCUUCAUUCGUAAUCUCCGCCAGAUAUGAGGGGGGUGUACAUGGUGGUCACGUUAGAGAAUUUUAUCUUUUGGCAUUCUGAAAUGGCUUAAGAAUUACAUUUUUCAUCACUGGUGUUUCAAAACCUGUAUAUUCUCUCCCUCUUUAUUCCAGUACUCUCAUGCAUGCAUGAUGGCCACACAGCCUGCCCUGCACUCCCUGUUCCCCACCCACAUGCCCCCAGACAUGCCUGACAGAGAGCUGCACUCGACUGAGUGCACUCUACCACUUUUGAUCUCUCUGUCAGGAGGAAUUCUUGAUCUUUGACUUAAAUUCAUGCUGAGAAUCU